CCUCACACACUCGACACUCCUCCUUUUCUUGGGAUCCCCGCGGUCCUUUCCUCGGUGGCAGGCUCCACACACCCAGCAGUCACCAUUUCCGCCCCCGGGAGACCCACGCUGGCAGCUCAGCCCCUUCCCCGACUCAGCAUCGGGAGGAAGACCCUGGUGGCGGCUGCCGUCGGGGUCAUGCUCGUCCUGGUGCUGGUCGUCCUCAUCCCCGUGUUGGUCAGCUCCGUGGGCACCGACGCUAGCCACUACGAGAUGCUGGGCACCUGCCGCAUGGUGUGCGACCCCUACCUCAACAAGGGCACCACGGUGAGCAGCACCAGCUCCAGCGGCAUCCAGGCAGAGGCUGAGGCGCUGAGCGACAACAGCAACAUGCCCUCCACCCUGGUCCAGGGACCCCAGGGCAAGCCUGGCAGGCCAGGGAAGCCUGGACCUCCGGGGCCCCCUGGAGAGCCCGGGCCACCCGGGCCGGUGGGGCCCCCUGGUGACAGAGGGGGCCGGGGCAGGACUGGGAUCUUGGGUUUGGAGGGAAACGGAGCUAUCAGCACGGCCACCUACAGCACAGUGCCCCGGGUGGCCUUCUACGCAGGGCUAAAGAACCCCCACGAAGGCUACGAGAUUCUCAAGUUUGACGACGUAGUCACCAACUUGGGCAACAACUACGACGGCAUCUCUGGCAAGUUCAUCUGCAGCAUUCCCGGCACUUACUUCUUCAUAUACCACGUGCUGAUGAGGGGAGGGGAUGGGACCAGCAUGUGGGCAGACCUCUGCAAAAAUGGCCAGGUGCGGGCCAGCGCUAUAGCGCAAGACGCAGACCAGAACUACGACUACGCUUCCAACAGCGUCAUCCUCCACCUGGACGCAGGCGACGAGGUCUACAUCAAGCUGGACGGGGGCAAGGCCCACGGGGGCAAUAACAACAAGUACAGCACCUUCUCCGGGUUCAUCCUCUACGCCGACUGAAACCCCGGGCCCAGCACCCUGCACACAGAGACAGACUCAGG